AUACCUCCACUUUUUAUCUAUUUAAAAGAAAAAAACACACCAUCACUGUUUCUUUUUUAAAUAUAUUUCAUAAGAAAAGAAAAAUGGCUCCAUUUACUGUUUUGUUAAUGGUUGUUUUCUUUGUGUUCACCUUGUCUCACGCCCCUUUUUUGAUAGUUGAACCGGAACUUGGCUCCACCGCCCAAGAUACUGUCUCGAAUUUACCCGAUUCCGACCCGAGAACCACAACAAUCACCAUCCUUCUCUCUGGAGAUAGACCCGGGUCCGAACCCGCCGCCAAAUUAGUUGAUUUCAAGCCCGGUGGUGUCCCGGAAACCGACUCCGACGUAGUCUCCGUUCCUUGGGAGAGUACCAGUUUUCGUCCCGUUAACCGGUACUUCUCACGGUACCACCACAGGUUCCGGCCUUUGAACUCACGGUUCCACAAGAAGCGCUAUAUUUCAUACGGCGAUGAUAUGAUACUGUCCGACGAGAGAACACGUUUUGAACCGGAGUUACGCCGCUCCGUUCGCCAGGUCCAGCCGAGUUGGUCCGAGUUUCCCGGUGGCGUUGCCGAGUCCAAGGUGCCAGUAGAUUUCAUGAAGACUCAUCACCACGUCCACGUACAUUAUCUUGGUGACGAUCAGCAUCAGCAUCAGCACCACCACCACCACUAUCACCAUCAACACCGCCGCCACCAUCACCACCGCCGCCAUAACGGAGAGGACAAAAGUGGUAAAGUAGAAGAGCACGUGGGUGGCUCCUUGAAGAGAUUAACCAAAUUUUUUAUCCAUUUUUGAGGAUAAUUAACACGUGAUUAAAUAUUAAUCAUGCCUAUGCAUAUAAUAUAAGCUUUUUAGGGUAUUUUGCUGUACUUUAUUGUCGCAUAUGUUUGGGAAAAGAACUACUUUUAUAUAAAAAUUAAAGAAUAAUAGAGGCUUAAAAUUCAGAAA